CCACAAUCUUCAUCUUCAAUCAACCACCUCUUCAGAUUAUUAUCCCCAACUCUUGUCGAACACCAAGCCACAUCUUCCCCCGACCAUGUGGGCGUUCAGCUUGGAAGGACGAGUCUUCGAUAUCGAAGGAAGGAAACUCAAGAUCGAGGAGCAACUCUCCGAGGUUUUGGAUAGGAGAAUGGGUCAACGCCAUGUUCUAGCAAAGGCUAGGAACAUAGAGAACAAAUUACCGUCUUUGCUCAAAAUACGCUACCAACUGAACCCGAAAUACUUUGAUUUCGAUGAUCCCAAAGAGGUUCUGGAGAUCGCCGAUCAACAUUACUGCCACGAGGUUGAGGCUACCGUACUCUUGGGUAAAGCUGGACUCGGACCACGAUAUCUUGCACAUGAAACUCAUUACCAGCCUGAGUGGAUGCCUUUUCCCGACGGCUAUGUCGACUUUAUCGUCAUGCAAAACCCCCCCGGUGAAAAUGUUAAUGAGAUCCAAGAUGAGCUCACCGAUCGCCAGCUCGCGAGUAUCCGAACGCAGCUCGCGCAUAUUUUGGAGACGAUGCGCAAGAGUGAUUAUAAACUGGUCCAGCAACAUCCCAGCUAUCUUAACUACGAUGCGCGGACAAAUAGGCUGUAUCUAAUCGACCUCGAGGGCCUCGCAUAUACCGACUCAACCAGUAGCACAUCCUUUCCGGUCGACGAGGAGAGCCCGUUCGUGGAAGCAUUCAAUAUCUGGCGUGCGCCUUACAGGAAGCCCGAGAGAGUGGCACCAUCUGACCAGCCUAUCAAAAAGGAAAAUCGGCCCCCGUGGAAAACAUAGUUGAGAAGGAUUUUUGGAUGGAGGCACUGUCCUAUAGACGGGUCCCUUUACAACUAGCUAGAACAUUGCUGGCUCGUUAUUCAUGAUGUUUGGAAGGCUUAAUUAGCCCCCCUCCCCGCCCCAGCUCUGAGAGGCAGUGGGCCUGCUGCCGUAUCCAGGCACAUCAGGUGACUGAAUGACGGAGUAUAAACCCCCCC